GAGCCAGCGAGCCCAGACAUUUCAAACUCCACAGUUAUGAUUCCCACGUCGCCAUGGAUUCCCUUCCCUUCUGCUACUACUUCUGCUUCCGCAAGAUCAAAUUUCUCAUUCCUUUCGACGAGGAGACUUUCCCAUAUCCUAAUUCCUAAAGAUCAAAUCUUUACCUCCGCAACCAGUUCCAUUCUCGCAAAAAUCCCAUCUUGAAUUCAGUUUUUCUUCUUUUUUUUUUUUCUUUCUAUUUCGGCGACCUAAGCGGCGCCUCCGGUGGCGUCUUGAGCUCUUCCGGCGCCGGCGCUUGGAUUGUGCGGGAACGAGGAGGCAAGAAGAGGAGGAAAGGAGGCAGCUUUUCUUUCUUGGAGUUGUUCUUGGUACUGCCCCGGAAGGUGCUGCCGCUAGGGCGGCGCGCGCAAGACGGAGCGGGGUAGCGAGGAGGGGGAUCUCCACUCGAUGGAGAUCGGGUGGCCCACGGACGUGCAGCACGUCGCCCAUGUCACCUUCGAUCGGUUCCACGGAUUCCUCGGCCUGCCGGUGGAGUUCGAGCCGGAGGUUCCCCGUACAGCUCCCAGCGCAAGUGCGAAGGUUUUUGGAGUCUCUACUAAGUCGAUGCAAUGCUCCUACGAUUCCAGAGGCAACAGUGUUCCCACCAUUCUUCUGCAAAUGCAGAAACGCCUCUAUGAAUUGGGAGGUCUUCAGACAGAAGGCAUUUUCAGAAUUACUCCAGACAAUAGCCAAGAAGAGCAUGUCCGAGACAUGCUAAACCGUGGAAUACUGCCCCAGGAGACUGGUGUUCAUUGUCUGGCAGGUCUAAUAAAGGCCUGGUUCAGAGAACUUCCUGCCGGGGUGCUGGACACUCUUUCGUCUGAGGAGGUGAUGCAGUGCAAGACAGAAGAGGCUUGCUCUCAGCUCGCGAAGCAUUUACCGGCGACUGAGGCUGCUCUGCUGGACUGGGCAAUCAAUUUGAUGGCCGACGUCGUCCAAGAUGAGCAACAUAACAAGAUGAAUGCUCAGAACGUGGCUACUGUUUUUGCUCCAAACAUGACUCAGAUGGCAGAUCCUUUAAACGCACUCAUGUAUGCAGUGCAAGUGAUGAAUUUUCUCAGGCUGAUGAUUUUGAAAACUCUUAAAGACAGAAAGGCCACCUCAAAAGCAAGUUCUGCACCUCAAGGGGCUAAACAGAAUUCGACUACAACGAACUGUGUUUAUGUGAAUUCAGAUAGUGUUUGUGGUUCAACUAAGUCACAGAACUAACAGCAAGUUUGAAAGGAAGUAGUCAGAAAGGCACACUAACUUGCAAGUUUCAUUGUGAAACAGCGAACGAAGAUGAAAAUUGUUCUUAGUGGUUUCUGAUUUCUCUUUUUGCAAUUUGUUUUCAGUCCUCAAUUCUGAGAAUUUUCAAUGUGUUUUUUGUGUUGUAGACAA